UGACGGUCCAAGAGCCGAGGAGACACACAGAGACACGGAGACACACACAGAGACACACACAGACACGGAGACACACACACUCGAACCAUGCAGCAGUCGGACGACAUGGAGGGUUCCAUGGAAUCCCCCAACCUGGAGUUUGAGUACGGGGACACAGACAGUCUGACCGCAGAGAUCUCAGAGCUGUACAGUUACACUGAGGAGCCGGAGUUCAGUCUGAAUAGGGACUGCUUUGAGGAGGAUUUUCGGAAUCACGUGAAGGGCAGGAGAUGGGUGGAGCUGAGUGUGGAUGAACAGAGAGUAUAUAUCAUGCGACUGCUGGAUGCUCUAGAGGUCACGGAUAGAGACAAGAGACUCAAAGUGGCUCGGGCUAUACUCUACCUGGCCCAGGGGGUGUUUGAUGAAUGUAACACAGAAUCAGAUGUUCUCCAUUGGUCACGACACAAUGUCUUUCUGCUCUAUGAGAUGGGCAUCUUCACUGCACUGCUGGAGCUGCUCAGCAUGGAGAUUGAUAAUAACCAGGCAUGUAGCAGUGCUGUGAGGAAACCUGCCAUAUCCCUUGCAGACAGCACUGAACUCAGGGUUCUAUUGAGCAUCAUGUAUCUGAUGGUGGAGACGAUCCGGGUGGAAACAGGAGACGACAAGCCGGAGUGGAUGAAAGCUCGAGAGUCCUUCAAAACCGAGCUGGGUUCACCACUCUACAAUGGGGAGCCCUUUGCCCUUCUCCUCUUCACCAUGGUAACCAAGUUCUGCAGCAUGAGCGCCCCCCACUUCCCAAUGAAGAAAGUGCUGCUGUUGCUGUGGAAGACUGUACUGUUCACUCUGGGUGGUUUCGAGGAGCUACAAGAAAUGAAGGUUAAAGGGAGAGAGAAGCUGUCUCUGCCGCCGCUCCCUGAGGACAGUAUUAAGGUGGUCCGGAGCAUGAGAGCAGCCUCACCUCCAGCCACUGCCAUGGAGCUCAUUGAACAGCAGCAGCAGCAGAAACGAGGACGCCGGAGUCGCAGGCCUCUGGUCAAGCAGGACAGCCUGGACACCUACAAUGAACGUGACCCCUUUAAAAAUGAUGACGCUCGUGAUGAGGAAGAUGAUGCCGAGGAUGUGGACAGUGGAAUAGAGGGUGAAGUUGAUCCCCUCGACCGUGAUGUCAUCAUCCAGCCCCCUCCUCCUCCACCUCCUCUGCGGCCACCUACUGAGAGAAUGACUUUCCCUAAAGGGCUACCGUGGGCUCCUAAAGUCCGGGAGAAAGACAUUGAGCAUUUUCUAGAGACCAGUAGGAACAAGUUUAUCGGCUUCACCCUGGGAAGUGAUACAGAGACCCUGGUUGGCUUGCCCAGACCCAUUCAUGAGAGUGUGAAGACACUUAAACAGCACAAGUAUGUCUCCAUCGCCGAAGUUCAGGUCAAGAGAGAGGAGGAGCUGCAGCAGUGCCCCAUGACCAUGGGGGAGGAGGACGUGGAGGAGACACCUGCAGAAAUCCUGUAUCUAGGAAUGCUUCCCAGCCUUUCUCAGUAUGUGAUUGCCCUGUUGAAACUACUUCUGGCUGCAGCUCCAACCUCUAAGGCCAAAACGGACUCCAUCAACAUCCUGGCUGAUGUUCUGCCAGAGGAAAUGCCCAUCACUGUCCUCCAGAGUAUGAAGCUUGGCAUUGAUGUGAAUAGACACAAGGAGAUCAUUGUCAAGGCCAUUUCUGCACUGCUGCUCCUCCUACUGAAGCACUUCAAACUUAACCAUAUAUACCAGUUUGAGUAUGUAUCCCAACAUCUGGUAUUUGCCAACUGCAUCCCUCUCAUCCUCAAGUUCUUCAAUCAAAACAUCAUGUCUUAUAUCAGUGCUAAAAACAGUAUCUGUGUGCUGGAUUUCCCUCACUGUGUGGUCCAUGAGAUGCCUGAACUCACUGCUGAAAGCCUGGAAGCUGGAGAUAAUAAUCAGUUCUGCUGGCGGAAUCUGUUCUCAUGCAUCAACCUUCUGCGAAUCCUCAACAAACUCACCAAGUGGAAGCACUCAAGAACCAUGAUGCUGGUGGUGUUUAAGUCUGCUCCAAUCCUGAAGAGGGCACUAAAGGUCAAGCAAGCCAUGAUGCAACUUUAUGUCCUCAAGCUCCUCAAGAUUCAGACCAAGUACCUGGGCCGCCAGUGGAGGAAGAGUAACAUGAAGACCAUCUCAGCAAUCUAUCAGAAGGUCCGGCAUCGACUUAAUGAUGACUGGGCUUAUGGAAAUGAUAUUGAUGCACGGCCGUGGGACUUUCAGGCGGAGGAAUGUGCUUUGCGAGAGAGCAUCGAGAAGUUCAAUGCACGGCGGUACGAUAAGAACCAGAACAGUGAAUUUGUCCCGGUGGAUAACUGCCUGCAGAGUGUGCUGGGCCAGCGAGUCGAGCUGCCCGAGGACUUCCACUACAGCUAUGAAAUGUGGCUGGAAAGAGAGGUCUUCUCUCAGCCCAUUCAAUGGGAAGGCCUGCUGCAAGCCCAGUGAUGCAUCAAGACAUGAACUAGUUCAAAAGCAGCCCGCAUGUACAGACUACACACAUGCAGACAGCACAUGUGCCAGUGAUAUUCUUCCUGUAAAUAGAGUGCUUGUAAAUAGAGAUCUUCAAAUGCAGCAUAUGGGUUUUCCAUGAUUUUAUUUAUGAAACAUCAUCCAGUCAUGUGUACUUCUGAUGACAGUAUGAAGUACAACAUAUCCUCCAUUUGAACUUUUACGUGUAAAAAUCAUUAAAAAAAAUAAUUAUGAAAACAAUAGACAAAUAUAACCAUGUUCUACAAACAUAAUGAAGGUAUUUAUCUAUUCUUUUAAAAUGUAUUCAUUCUGGAACUGUUGAUAAAACUAAUUUUGAUGCAUACUGAUAUGUAUAUAGAACAAAAAAAAUGCAUGUUGUUGAGACUUUGUUUUAAAAAAAGAAAAAAAAAGGCCAACAUGGGAACCACAAGCAUUACCCGUGUGUCAGCAAGACCAGAAGAACUGGCCCUUAAAUAUUUUUUCCAAAGAAUGUUGCUGUCUCUCAAAUUUUGCAUAGUCUCUCACUUCCACCGUGUACUAGAGAAACGUCCUUCAGAAAGUCACGCUUCAUUUUGUACGUCAGAUGUCCAAGCUUCUUACCAUACUGGAUGAUUAGAAUGAGCUCUAACAGAACAACACAAAAGCACAGAAGUGUCCUUGGUGAAAAGCAUCACCCUCUUUACAAAUAGCAAGGUUUCAACAUAACGGUGCUGUUUUUUAACACAAUUUUAUUGAUCUCCUCAGUCUUUUUUCCUUUCUCCCUCUCACUUACCUCUCUUGUUCUCACUUAGUCAUAAUAAAAUGACACUAAAGAAAGGUUUGUUUUAAUACUAAACUUUGUUGUACCAAGAGAGGAUUUUAUACACCUCAUUUCCUAAAUUGUUGUAUAUGAUUAUUUUAUUGUUCUGUUAAAAGAAAAAAAUAUAUAUAUUAAUACAUUAUGUCCUGACAUACCUUCCAACAAUAAUUGCAGUCUAAUGCAAUUUUUGAUUCAUUGUUUAAAAAAACAGCGAUUUUACUGUACAACAUAUGACCAUAUAAAGAGCCUAACCUGUAAAUGUCUCAAACUAUUGAGGAACAUAUAUGAAUCAGCUGCACCUGUGACUUUAUAAUGUCUUACUUAUUCUCCGAUAUCACUGUCACAAAUUAAAAAUAUGACUAAGAUAUGUAAUUAUUUCUGUUCUUCUGGGCUCAAAAUAAUCCAUUAAAUGCUUUGACUGAU